AUGCCACAUUUGUGUCGCAACGCGUGCGUCCCCGCCAUAGUGUGCCCUCCCCUGAUCUGGUUCAUUGUGCCGAGAGAUGCUCAGGACCAGAAAACAAAGACUGUGGGGAGCCGAAGACACACCGCACCCAAGACUGAGGCCAACAAUGCCAACACCGACAAUCAAGAUCUAUCACCCAAUUCUCCGCCAGACGACAUCGAAACACCAAACGUCCUUGAAGACUACAUGUGUGACUGUGGUGUGCUCAGGACUCUAACACAGUUCUACUCCUGUCCAAAGGUCAAGCUAUCUAUGGACGUGCUCUUCUACAUUGUGUUCCAAGGGAUAUACAGCUACUUCCUGAUCUUUAGCUUGGGCGAAGAGGAUUCCCAUGCUGUGGAUUUCAUAGUUGAGCUGUGGGGCGCUUGCUAUUGUUAUGGGGUGGCGAGAGAGUUCAUUAGCAACAUGCGCCGCAGCACCCAGCUAUCCAAGUACUGUCGCUACUGGUACAUAAGUCAUUGGAACCGCUAUGACGUCACACUCUGCGUGACCUUUUUUCUGGCCUUAUUCCUGAACGCCACGCUGACGGGUCAGGACGUCAUCUGGGCCAGGAUUGUGUUUAGCAUCAAUUUCAUCAUGUUCUUCUUCCGCAUCCUCAACAACUUUGCCGCUCACAAACGCCUCGGUCCUCUGGUCACCAUGCUGUAUGGGAUGACACUUAUAGUUAUAGCUGGUGCACCAGGAACGCGUCGCUGGCUAAUGAGAGCAUGACAAUGUGUGGAUUGGAUGAUGUGGGCAGCUAUGUCGGCGCUGUCCUACCAGGGAUUUACUUCCUACUCACCAACAUCAUGCUACUCAACCUGCUUAUAGCCAUGUUCAAGUGA